CUGGAGGAGACAGUGAAGCAAGAUGAAGAGGAUGAAGAUAUGAAGAAGGAGUGGAGAGACAUCAGAGAGGAGGACAGAGAUGAUGAUGAUAAAGAUGAUGAGGAUGAUGAAGAGGAAAAUGACAGCAAAGAAGUCACACCGGGAGACGUUUGCUCUUGAAAUGGAGAUGAAGAGAGGUGUCCCCGCAGUAAAUUACCACAAGCUCUGAGAGGACUCAUGGGAGAAGCCAACAUCUGCUAUGCUAGAGGAGAUAAGGAGGAUGCCAUUCUGAUGUGUAUGGAAAUCAUUUGCCAAGCUCCUCUUGCGUACGAACCAUUCUCCACAUUGGCUAUGAUCUAUGAAGAUCAGGGCGACAUGGAGAAAGCUCUUCAGUUUGGGCUGAUCGCUGCUCAUCUGAAUCCUAGUGACUGUGAGGAGUGGGUCAAACUGGCAGACAUGUCUCUAGAGCAAGACAACAUCAAACAAGCCAUCAUCUGCUACUCUAAAGUGAUUAAAUAUGACUCAAGUAAUGUUCAGUAUUUGUGGGAGCACUCGAGUCUCUAUGAGCAGGUCGGAGAACACAAGCAAGCCAUGGAAGGAUAUCCCCGUAUACUCAGCCUGCUACCACCCUCUGAUGGAGAACAGUUCAUGCAGCUGUCACGUGACAUGGCAAAGAGUUAUUAUGAGAGCAGUGAGUUGCCGUCUGCUAUAGGAGUGAUGGAGGAAGCUCUGGACAGACAUCCUGAACUAGUCUCACAUGAGUGUGUCAACAUGGCUGCUGAACCCUUCAUAGCUAAUCACCAACAUGACAAAGCCUUAGAGGCCCUGGUGAAGUUUUGUGGCAUCACACUGAAGAGAGAGGAGAGGGAAGAAAAAGAGACGGGUGACCAGACACCUGAAGAAGGAGAGAAACAAAAAGACUCUGUUGAGCAAAAGGGGAAAAUCCUGGAAGUGCUGGUCCCUGAUGAUGUUUCAGUGGACAUCAGAGUGAAGAUGAUGGUGUGUCUGAUCCACCAAAAUGUCUUUAAACAUCUGGAUCCUAUGUUGACGUCUCUGAUGGAGCAGAGCCCGGAAGAGCUGGGUGAUUUGUAUCUGGAUGUGGCCGAGGGUUUUAUGGAAGAGGGGGAGUAUAACUCCGCCCUGCCUCUGCUCUCUGGCCUCGUCUGCUCAGAAAGAUACAACCUGGCUGUCAUCUGGCUCCGUCAUGCAGAGUGUCUAAAGGCACUGGGUCAUUUGGAAGUUGCAGUAAAGAACUACAGUAAGGUUGUUGAAAUGGCUCCUAUGCAUCUUGAUGCCCGUCUGGCACUCUCCAUCCUUCAACAGCAGUUGGGCCGACCUAAUAUGGCCCUGGAGCCAAUGUAUGAUGCUGAAACACUCGCCCAGGACUCUUCAGCUGCCCAGCAGGAACUGAAGCUGUUGCUGCAUCGCUCAACUCUCCUCCAGUCACAAGGACGAAUAGAUGAUUACAUAGAUACACUUCUAAUCAUGCUGGCCAUGCUGCUUAAGAUAGUAAAUGAGACAUACACAAAAUUGCUGAAAUUGAACGAACACUUAUUUGACAUUAUAUUUAUUCAAAAUUCACAAAAAAAUUUAAUCAGACAAUAUUUGGCCACUGUACUCUCUGUGAUUUAUUUGCAAUUAAUCAGCCUAUAACUGAUAAUAUCUACAUUUUUGGCCAAUAUUUUUGGCCACCAUAAUCUGAUAUAUCGAACUAUAUUUGAUUAAUUGGCCUAUGUUGAUCUAUACCCAAUUAAGGGGCUGAAAUUUAUGGCCACUAUACUCUGUGAUAUAUCGAACUACUGUAUAUCCGAUUUAUUAGCCUAUAUUAGUAUAUGUCCUAUUAAUGGGCCGAUAUUUGUGGCCACCAUACUCUCUGAUUUAUCAAACUAUAUUUGAUUAAUCAGCCUAUAUCCAUCUAUAUCCAAUUAAUGGGCCGAUAUUUGUGGCCACAAUACUUUCUGAUAUAUCAAACUAUAUCUGAUUAAUUGGUCAAUAUAUCUGACUAAUGGGCUGAUGUUUGUGGCCAUCUUACUCUCUGAUAUAUCAAACUAUAUCUGAUUAAUUGUCCUAUAUCGAUCUAUAUCUGAUUAAUGGGCUGAUAUAUCUAGCCACCAUAAUUUCUGAUAUAUCGAACUACACCGAUCAGCCACAACAUUAUAACCACCUGCCUAAUAUCGUGUAGGUCCCCCUUGUGCCACCAAAACAGCUCUGAACCGUCAAAGCAUGGACUCCACAAGAUCUCUGAAGGUGUCCUGUGGUAUCUGGCACUUAGACGUUAGCAGCAGAUCCUUUAAGUCCUGUAAGUUGUGAGUGAGGCCUCCAUGGAUUGGAGUUGUUGGUCCAGCACAUCCCAUAGAUGCUCAAUCGGAUUGAGAUCUGGGAAAUUUGGAGGCCAAGUCAACACCUUGAACUCUUUGUCAUGUUCCCUCAAACCAUUCCUGAACAAUUUUUGCCACUGCCAUCAGGGAAUACCGUAGCCAUGAAAGGGUGUACGUGUUCUGCAACAAUCUUUAGGUAGGUGGUACGUGUCAAAGUAACAUCCACAUAAAUGCCAGGACCCAUGUUUUCCCAGCAGAAUAUUGCCCAGAGCAUCACACUGCCUCCGCCGGCCUGCCUUCUUCCCAUAGUGCAUCCUGCUGUCAUCUCUUCCCCAGGUAAAUGACACACACGCACCUGGCUGUCCACAUGAUCUAAAAGAAAACGUGAUUCAUCAGACCAGACCACCUUCUUCCAUUGCUCCAUGGUCCAGUUCUGAUGCUCACGUGCCCAUUGCAGGCACUUUCGGCGGCGGACAGGGGUCAACAUGGGCACUCUGCGGCUACGCAGCCCCAUAUGCAGGAAGCUGUGAUGCACUGUGUGUUCUGACAUCUUUCUAUCAUGGCCAGAAUUAUUUUUUUUCUUAAAUUUGAUGAAUAUUCAAAAUUCGAAUUUUAAUUUGACAACCCUAGUUUAUGGCCCCCAUACUUUAUUAAAUAUCAAACUAUAUCAGAUUAAUUGGCCUGUAUUGGCCUAUAUCUGAUUAAUGGGCUAAUAUUUGUGGCUGACAGACUCUCUGAUAUAUCGAACUAUAUCCGAUCAGUCGGCCUGUAUCUGCACAUGUCCUUUUAAUUUUUGGGCAAUAUUUGUGGCCACCAUAAUUACUGAUAUAUCAAACUAUAUCCAAUUAAUUGGCCUAUAUCAGUCUGCUAUAUAUCCAAUUAAUGGGCUGAUAUUUGUGGCCAACAUAUUCUAAAGAUAUUGGUAUUGACCAUUGCAAUCCCAUUUCAGUCAGUCAUUAUUAAAGAGCUAACAGUUCAUUGCAAAAUUUUGACUAGAUCAAGCUUGGGGAAAUUUGACCUUUCUGCCAAUUUGAAACACAUUGAUUUAGUCCCAGCUAUUCUUCAUCUGAAGGCUGCGAUGUGGUUCUGUUUUUUGUUUGUUUGGUGUAGGUGGCGAUGGUGAGGACUCAGGUGUGUGUCGUCUCGGACACGUCCUCUGGUGUCAAACACCUGAAGCUUAUUAAAGUGUCACACAGCAAACUGACAGAGAUAGUUGAUCAGGAGGCAGCUUAUUUGGAUGUCAAGUGUACAGCACAAUGGCCACACACAUUCAUUGUGCCAGAUCCUCAAAUUGCUGUCUCAGGAUUUUAAGAACACCUUAAGAACCCAUAAUAAUAUUUACACACAACAA